GUACUCUACCUUGUUUUUGUUUGCAAACCAAAUAUGAAAGAGAAGUAUGAUUGUGUGUAUAUUUAUAAACAACCAGCUUUUGAACAUCAUUUGCUAAAGGAUCACAAGAUUCAGGUUCAUGAGUUCACUCAUCAAUCUUAGAUCUUAAUAGUGUGCAGUUGGAAACAGAUUUUGUUGACACAAGGACUUUUUUUUUUUUUUUGUUUAACAGAUGAGACCUAAUAAUUUUGCUGGACAAAGGGUUAAUGCCGCUAAUAAUGCACAGAAAAAAUGAAUCUUCAAUCCAUAUUGGGUGUCCAUUGGGAACAGUAGUCCCAAUUAGAAGAACAACGAAGGAAGAAUCAUUAAGAGCAACAGCUAUGUUUAGAGAUCAAUUUCCAGGUUCUUAUGCAGUAAAUGGAGUCACCUCAACAGGAUUUAUACCGGGGACGGUGUAUGAUGGUGCAGGAGGAUUUGUUAGUAUCUGGAAUCCAACAGUGAGCCCCGGACAAUUCAGUGCAACAGCAGUUUCGAUCGAGGGAGGUCCUCCUGAUCAGUUUAGUGUCAUAAGGGUUGGCUGGAUUCAAGGUGUCAAUGGAGUUAUGUAUGGUUGCUACAACACAUAUUGCCCUGGUUUCAUCCAGACAGAUCGCACCAUUGCAGUUGAUAUGAUCCUGAAGCCAAUCUCGGUCCUUCGCGGCGCUCAGUAUCAUGUCAGACUAGCAGUUCCUCAGGAUAAAUUCAGAGGAAACAACACACUAGUUGGUUACUGGCCUGGCAAUUUGUUCUCAAACUUGAAGAGUGGUGCUGACGCUCUGAAAUGGGGAGGAAUGGUUUACAGUAGCACACCGCAGGUCCCAACCAUGGGAAAUGGUGACAAUAGGCAAUACAUCAGCCGCCACUUCAGACAAAUAGUGCUGAACUACGAAGCGAGGUCAUCUCUAAAUGGCACCAUUGAUGCACCCAUUGGAGCAAAAAAAAAGCAAAAUGUUACAAGGCCGGAGAUAACUCCCAUAAAGGGGAUUUUUGGGACGAUGGCUUUUAUUUGGGAGGAAAUGGGGGAGACGUAUCCCAAUGUUCAUAAAUAACUGAUCUCCUUUAUGGUUAAUAUCAAUAAAGUAAUUGCCAGUGA